AUGGCGGAACUGUACCGAGCCGAGAGAAACUGGGGCUUGAUGUGUGUAGACAAGCGUAAAAGUUGUCCAUCGUGGGCUUCUCAGGGUGACUGUAAAACUAAUGGCUGGACUGAAAGAAACUGCCGCAUAAGCUGCAAGACACGGUGUGAUACUCAUCCAGUCAAGCCUACAGGUUCUUGUUCUGACGGUCUUGGUCUUGGAUGGCCUGGAAACUACCAACUACCCGACAGCGCAUUCAGCGCGUCAUCGGAAUACAGGCCCGGCACCUGGAGGGCAACGGCGGAUAAUGCUCGUCUUUACUUUGAGGACGAUCAAGACAACAAGAGGAUUGGAGCGUGGUGUGCCAAUGAUCGAGACAACCAGUGGCUUAAGGUUGAUCUUGGUAAAACUAAGAGGAUAAGGGCAAUCACUACACAAGGUAACAAAUUAAAACAGUUAUCAGUGAUACAAACAAUCAUAAUUUAAAAAAUGAAAAUCAGUAUUUACCACGUUCACGGUAGCUUGCUUUCUCUGCCGACCACUCCUGUGGCGCUUUUCUUUC